CUCCCUGACAGAUAAUAACUGUCUUUCUGUCUGAAUCUGCUGCCAUUUAUUCCCUCUCAAAUAUUUGUUAUUAUUUUUGUAAGACGCUGAAUUGUGGAGGAACCCAGAAAGUUUGAGUUUUUAGGAUGAAGUCAGCUGGAGUUUCUCUGUUUUUGUUUUUUCUUGUUGUCAUUCACGUUGAAACGCUCUUGCAGUAUUCAGGUCAUUGGCAUCAACCACCGAUAGAGCAGACGCCGCAGUUCCCAGAGAUCCACCCGCUCCCACCGAACCACGAAACCCCAUCUCUCUCAAAGAUCCCAAAAACCACACCGAUCCCAAAAACCACACCGAUCCCAAAAAUCACACCGAUCUCAACAAUCCCAACAAUCACAGAUAUCCUACAGUUACCUUCCCCAACCCCUCUGAUUUCCAACCCCGCCCUGACAACGCCAGAGUCACCUGAGAGAGACGAGUUUUUGGGAUCAGCUGAGUGUCUGGAAAAGAAGUACACUCGUGAGUCAUGUGACCUGGUGUUUUGUCUUCCGUGGGAGCGUUGCAUCAGCGGACAAUGCUCCUGUAAAGUCCCCUACAUGUGUCCCGCCGAGAACGCGGCCGCCGUCUGUGGGCGGGACAGUCGAAGGUACCGCUCCUUCUGCCAGGUGAUGGCCGUCUCGUGUCGGACCAAGAGACCCGUCAUGUCCCACUUCGGGGAACUUUGUGACGCGAGUUACCCAAAGUUCAGCAGUUCCAUCGACCCAGAGACCAGAGUUAUCCGAGUCUUCGUUCCUGACGGGAGCUCCGACGAAGGCGAGGAGCUGCUGGUGUGUAAGAAGAUGUGGAACAUGGCGGCGGCUAACGUGGCAUGCAAGGAGCACGGGAGUCCACUCGGAGCGGCGACGGCUGGCCUUGUGCCGUAUUAUUCCCUGCCGACCGGCUACGGCGAAAAGCGGCUGCCGAGAAGCUGUGUGAGCGUCCGCUGUCAGGGUUACGAAACUUCUCUGGCUGAGUGUGAAAUCUACGUGAAGCACAGGAUCGGCCGCAGGAUGGUCGCUACGGCAACCUGUUACGAGGCUUCGCGAGCACCAAAAGAGGAAGAGUGCGGCUUCACCUGUGCAAACACAAAGUGUGUGUUUCUAAACCAGACCUGCGACGGAGUCGACGACUGUGGCGACCGCAGUGACGAGAUGUGCUGCGAAAGCUGCAGGGGCAGCGCUUUCCGCUGUAAGACAGGUGUGUGUGUCCACCAGGAGGCGCUCGGGGACGGACAGAUCGACUGUCUGGAUGGCGAGGACGAAGCCUUCAAACCUCGGACAAACAACAAGCCAGAGGCGUCGCGGCAACUCCACGAAAACUCAGUGUACAGCUCUCCAAAACAAGAAAUGGACAAGGACAGAGAGUAUCUGGAGUCCAAGCUGUACUGCGGGAUUCCCAACGCCACCACAGUGGACGACGUGGAGGAGGACAAGCGGAAACAGGGCAAGAGGUUCAAGAGAGUGGUGGGAGGAGUCCCGGCGAACCCGACUCAGAUCCAGUGGCAGAUCGCUCUGGAGGAGCGCAGAAAGAUCGACUGUGGAGGCGCUUAUAUCGGAGGAUGCUGGGUAAUCACUGCUGCUCACUGUGUCAGGCCGAACCCGUCUGCGUUCAGGGUCAAGUUUUCUCUCUGGAGGAAGACUCGCGCUCAGAACACGACGGACAUCAUUCCUGUUCAUGAGAUCCACAUCCACCCAAAGUACAACGCCCACACCUACGAGAACGACAUCGCUCUGGUGGAGCUGAAGAAGCUCCCGUUUGAGGAGAAGUGUAUGGAGGAGAACCCGGCCGUCAGCGCCGUCUGCGUCCCCUGGUCCACCCACCUCUUCCAGCCCAACCACACCUGCAGCAUCUCGGGGUGGGGCCGCACCAAAGAGGGCAGGUCGGCUCAGGUGCUGCUGUGGGCCAACGUUUCCCUCAUCGCCGACUGUCAGAGAUUCUACAAAGAUCGCUUCAAACCGGGCAUGAUGUGUGCAGGUGAUCUGGACGGCAGUGUGGACUCCUGUCAGGGGGACAGCGGGGGUCCGCUGGUCUGUGAGGAUGAACUGGGUGUUUCAUACCUGUGGGGCAUCGUCAGCUGGGGAGAGAGGUGUGGGGCGCCAGGAUUCCCCGGAGUUUAUACACAGGUCGCUCACUACUUUGAGUGGAUCAGAACUCACACAGGUUGGCCUGCCGUCACCAAAUUCAACUCCUGAUCUCACACACACACACACACACA